CCCCGCCGCGGCCGCGCCGCCUGCAGCAGCAGCAGCGGCAGCAGUAGCUGCUCCUCCCCGGCGGCCACCCACCGCGGGUCCCUCCCUGGCUGCAGGAGAGGCGGAGGUAGAGUGAGGACACAGCGCCGCGCCGCCCGCACCGGAGACCUUCGCCUCGCCCUGCCGGCUCCUCACCCUCUGGGAGGACCAUGGCAGAUAAUCUCAGUGAUACCUUGAAGAAGCUGAAGAUAACAGCUGUUGACAGAACUGAUGAUAGUUUAGAAGGAUGCUUGGAUUGUCUACUUCAAGCCUUGGCUCAAAAUAAUAUGGAAACAAGUGAAAAAAUCCAAGGAAGUGGAAUACUUCAACUGUUUGCAAGUCUGUUGGUUCCACAGUCUUCCUGCACAGCCAAAGUAGCUAACAUCAUAGCAGAAAUAGCCAAAAAUGAAUUUAUGCGAAUUCCAUGUGUGGAUGCAGGAUUGAUUUCACCACUGGUGCAGCUGCUAAAUAGCAAAGACCAGGAAGUGCUGCUUCAAACUGGCAGGGCUCUAGGAAACAUAUGUUACGAUAGCCAUGAGGGCAGAAGUGCAGUUGACCAAGCAGGUGGUGCACAGAUUGUAGUUGACCAUUUAAGGUCACUGUGCAGUAAAACAGAUCCCGCCAAUGAGAAGCUCUUGACUGUCUUUUGUGGCAUGCUGAUGAACUAUAGCAAUGAGAAUGAUUCCCUUCAAGCUCAGCUUAUCAACAUGGGUGUUAUUCCUACCUUAGUUAAAUUACUGGGCAUCCACUGCCAAAAUGCAGCUCUUACAGAAAUGUGUCUUGUUGCAUUUGGCAAUUUAGCAGAACUUGAGUCAAGUAAAGAACAGUUUGCCAGUACAAACAUUGCUGAAGAGCUGGUAAAACUCUUCAAGAAACAAAUAGACCAUGAUAAGAGGGAAAUGGUGUUUGAGGUUCUUGCUCCAUUGGCAGAAAACGAUGCUAUUAAGCUACAGCUGGUUGAAGCAGGCCUGGUAGAAUGUCUACUAGAGAUUGUUCAGCAGAAAGUCGAUAGUGACAAAGAGGAGGAUAUUGCUGAGCUCAAAACCGCUUCAGAUCUAAUGGUUUUAUUACUUCUUGGAGAUGAAUCCAUGCAGAAAUUAUUUGAAGGAGGAAAAGGUAAUGUGUUUCAAAGGGUACUGUCUUGGAUUCCAUCAAAUAACCACCAACUACAGCUUGCUGGAGCAUUGGCAAUUGCAAAUUUUGCCAGAAAUGAUGGAAAUUGUAUCCAUAUGGUAGACAAUGGAAUUGUAGAAAAACUUAUGGAUUUACUGGACAGACAUGUAGAAGAUGGAAACGUAACUGUGCAGCACGCGGCACUAAGUGCCCUCAGAAACCUAGCCAUUCCAGUUAUAAAUAAAGCAAAGAUGUUAUCAGCUGGUGUCACAGAGGCAGUUUUGAAAUUUCUUAAAUCUGAAAUGCCCCCAGUUCAGUUCAAACUCCUGGGAACAUUAAGAAUGUUAAUAGAUGCACAAGCAGAAGCUGCUGAACAACUGGGAAAGAAUGUUAAAUUAGUGGAGCGUUUGGUGGAAUGGUGUGAAGCCAAAGAUCACGCUGGUGUGAUGGGGGAGUCAAACAGACUGCUCUCUGCCCUUAUACGACACAGUAAAUCAAAAGAUGUAAUUAAAACCAUUGUACAAAGUGGUGGCAUCAAACAUCUAGUUACCAUGGCAACUAGUGAACAUGUAAUAAUGCAGAAUGAAGCCCUUGUUGCUUUGGCACUAAUAGCAGCUUUAGAAUUGGGCCCUGCUGAGAAAGAUCUAGAAAGUGCUAAACUUGUACAGAUUUUACACACACUGCUAGCAGAUGAGAGAAGUGCUCCUGAAAUCAAAUAUAAUUCCAUGGUCCUGAUCUGUGCUCUCAUGGGAUCUGAAUCUCUACACAAGGAAGUACAGGAUUUGGCCUUUCUAGAUGUUGUAUCCAAACUUCGCAGUCAUGAGAACAAAAGUGUUGCUCAACAGGCCUCUCUCACAGAGCAGAGACUUGCUGUGGAAAGCUGAGAACUACCCCUCCCUGAUACACCUCUCAUUUCCCCUUUGUCCUCCAUCCAGCUGCCUCUUCUGCUUCAUUCUCUUCCAUAUCACUUGUGCAUGCGUGUAAUGUUCCAAUGCCAAUUGAAGAACUGCUGUAGGUACCUGCCCAAUAAGAUUUCUAAACCCAUAGUUAGUUAGUUAGUGUGAACAUGGAUUUGUCAAAAACAAGUCUCCACCCCAUAACUGUUUCCUUGUAUUCCUGUUGCUUGAGCUACAUUAAGUAGAAUGUGCAUGUUGUAGUCCUAUGAUGAUGACGUAAACUUGGUACUACACAAUGACUUUCUCCUCAUCCUUGGUAGACUACAUAAUAAUGUACUGGUAAAUUAAUUAGAAACAAAUGAGAAUGCAGCAGGAUCUGACUAGCUUAUGAAAGAUGGAAUUGAAUAGUAAAAAUAGCUCCAUUUAUUGGUGCUUGGAAAGCACAGUGACCAAAAAACCUGUAUGGCUGCUUAUUCAUUAGUCUUACCUACUAAUGUCAAACCCAUGGUACCUAGAGUUAAAUAAAGUCCAAUGCUCUCGCUCUUUA